AUGAGCAAAGAAACAACUCAUAUAAACAAGUACCGGCCACUUUUAAAUACUUGGGGAAGACAAAAUGGGAUAUCAACCGCCAACUCUACUGGAACUUUUGCUUAUGCCAUCACAGCAAAUGCUGCAACUAGUUAUAACACCUCGUCUACUAUCGACACUGACAUCAUUACUACUGCUGCAGCACAAAUAGGCUCUGCUGCUGCUGCUGCUGUUAUUACCACUGCUGCUAACAGUCAGUCCUGCUACUCUGAUACGACAACUCAGCAACAAUCGGGAACUUCUGAUAAAGUGGUGAAGGCCAAAGUUGUUAGAAUCGAUACAUGUGGUAUUCAGGCCAAUCCUAAAAGUAAUUGCAGUUCUCCAUCAAGUAAUAAAGAAAAUACUGAUGAAAACAGUCCUAAUAAAGAUACUGGGCAAAAGAAGUGGCUGCCUCCUAAAUUAGUACUUUAUAAAUACAGCAUACAGCUAAAUGAAGAAGAAAAAAUUAUUAACUGUGUACCACCUGCUGAUUUAACUCGUGUUGACCGGCCACCUCCGAAAGAACUUCGUUUGUUCAUCAGAACACAUGCAUUAUGUGCUGGUGUAACAUAUUCCAGUCCUUGGGUUGUUGAUGAUGUCAUGAUUAUAAAAACAUGGCAUACAGAAUAAACUUGCAGAUGUUUUCUUAUCUCCAAUGAAGAUACAA